AUGGCAGAUCACCAAAGAAUCUAUCCAGAUGUAGAGGCACCGGCAGCAGCAGCUGAGGCACCCUUGGUAGCAACUGGAGCUUCAAAAUCGGACAAAGGUGAUCCAGCUGAUUAUCAUCACCAGGGGCAGUAUCCUCCCUUCCCACAACGGACUAUUCCGGUGACGCACUCCAAGCCACCGCCCAUUCGCAGGAAGAGGAGCUGUUUAUGCAGGUGCCUUUGUUGGACUGUAAGCCUGAUCCUGCUCCAAAUCAUUGUGGUUGCCAUCACUGCUGGAAUUAUAUUCCUCGUUUUCAGACCAAAGCUUCCAAAGUUCACGGUGGACAAACUGCAGAUAACCCAGUUCAAUCUCAGUGCUGAUCAGAGCUUGUCGGCCACCUUCGACGUGAGCAUCACUGCGCGAAACCCCAACAAGAAGAUCGGCAUCUACUACGAAGGCGGCAGCCGCCUGAAUGUUUGGUACACAGGCACUAAGCUCUGUGAAGGAGGUUUGCCAAAAUUCUACCAGGGUCACCGCAACACCACUCAACUUGUAGUCCAGCUGACAGGACAGAACCCAGAUGCAAGCGGCCUGCUCAGUAGCCUCCAACAACAGCAGCAGCAGACGGGCAAUGUUCCGCUGACUCUCAGAGUGAGGCAACCUGUGAGGAUUAAGCUGGGCGGCCUGAAGCUCCCAAAGGUCAAAUUCUUGGUGAGGUGCAGGUUGUCGGUGGACAGUGUUACCGCGAAUAAUGAUAUUACAAUUCAAAGCAGUAGCUGUAAGUUCAGGCUACAGGCUACAGGCUUCAGGCAACAUGCAUACAUAGAGGAUCAUAGGGAGAGAGCUUCUUUUCUUCUUGUCCCAUGGGCGCUACCCAUCUCGCGUUGA